AUGGGAAUCAGAUAUGUAAUUGCUGGUGAAUCUCAAUGCGAUUUGUUUGCAGAAACAUGUUUAGUCGCAGAUUAUUUAGCACAAAAAUUACCAAAUUUUUGUUAUGAACGUAUCGAGAAACCCGUCACAGAAUGGAUGCCAUGGUUACAAAAACUUAAUCAAAAAAACAAGUGGCACCAUACUUGUUCACCAAUUGUGUGGAAAGAGCUAUUAAUGACCGGUAGUAAGCCAGUUUAUAUUGGAAACGCAUCAGAAUUUUUAGAAUACUGUUAUUCUUACUAUAAAUUUGAUGUUUAUUUUUCGCCGUUAAGAUUUGAAUAUUUAUCUGAUAACUUCGGACAAUUUCAAAAGAAAGUAAAACAAGAGGCUAUAGCAUUAGAACGAUUAGAUAAUCCUGUAACACUUGAAAAUCCUUCUGCAAACAAAGUAACAAUUUGUAUAUCUGGUGCAGGAAAUCCUCUUGCACUUUUCAUAAUAUCCGGUCUUUUAGACCUAAAACAGAAUGUAAGCAAAAUUUAUAUUUACGACGAAGAAUGUUCACAAACUUUAAUGGAGUUCAUCGAACACGAAUGCAAUUAUGUUGGCAAUGAGUAUUUAGGGAAAUUAGUAAAAUAUGUUGACAAAAUAGGAGUGGCUCUAACUAGUUCAGAUCUUUUAAUAAUUCUUGAUUACAUCCCAUUUCAGUCUACUUAUUCAAUUGGGAAAUGGCUUUAUGAAAAUAAAAAGCUCAUGGAAAAUAUCGCAAUAAAAAUUAAUGCUACCGCCACACCAAAACUUUAUGUUGUUUUGCCAAAUCUCGGACCAGCAUGUUAUAAUGCAACUGUAAUUGCCAAUUUAGUAACGAAAAUCAAUAAAAAUAAUGUUGUUGUAGCAACAUCGGAUAUAGGUUUGGAAAUGGCACCAGUUGCCGCUGAAAUUACUGGGGUACCACUUCGAAAUAUGUUUUGUCCUCCAGUGUGGGGCUUUGUAGGUAUUAACCACUUGGCUGAUAUUCAAACAACAAUACAUAGGUAUGAUACAUUUCAUCCUUACGAAAGAUAUGUAAAAGUAAAAAAUUCAACUCUUUGUAUCGGUACUUCAACUCCAGAAAUGCGAACGAUGCAAUAUUUAAUGUUUUUUGACGAAACUUUGUGGAAAAAAGUAGCUGACCGGAAAAAGAAAGAUACUGAAAGACGAGUAAGCUUUCACAAAGCUGUAGCCCUACUAACUUUGAUAAAGAUAUGGCUUUUUGACCCUAAUCCUAACUAUAUUGUAAGUUUGGGAAUCCAAUGUAAUGGAUCGUUUGGACUAACAUUUAACGGUGUAUUUUCUCAACCGGCGUGCCUUUUAAAUGGAGAAUGGCGGCCAGCAAGUAAUUAUAUGAUGCCUAGAGAUCCACAAGUAAAGAUUUCCUAUUUACAAGAAAUAGCAGAAAUUGUCAUGACCCUUAAAAAGGCAGACUUAAGGCAAGUCGUUACUUAUACUCCAUGCACGUGUAAGCGUAAACAAUAUAUAAAGAAGCUAUUAUGA